AUGCCCUUAGCUGUGGGGCUGCCUUGGACUGUAGGUACUGAGCUGGAAGAGAGGGAUGGUCCGGUAGAUAAAUCCUCGUCCCCGUUGUUCGGACCUGCCUCCCGGGUGGCUGGCCUCGCUGGUGCUGGAGAGUCUGGGAAAAGCACGAUUGUGAAGCAGAUGAAGAUUAUUCAUGAGGAUGGCUACUCGGAGGAAGAAUGCAAACAGUAUAAAGUGGUUGUCUACAGCAAUACUAUCCAGUCCAUCAUCGCCAUCAUAAGAGCCAUGGGAAGGCUAAAGAUAGACUUUGGGGAAGUUGCCAGAGCAGACGAUGCCCGCCAGUUGUUCGUGUUGGCUGGAAGCGCGGGGCCCGCUGAGCUAGCCGGCGUGAUUAAGCGGUUGUGGAGAGAUGCUGGCGUUCAGGCCUGCUUCAGCCGGUCGAGAGAGUAUCAGCUGAACGACUCGGCGUCAUAUUACCUAAAUGACUUGGAUAGAAUAUCCCAGCCGACCUACAUUCCGACUCAGCAGGACGUUCUGCGGACCAGAGUGAAAACUACAGGCAUCGUGGAAACUAACUUCCCCUUCAAGGUCCUGUACUUCAAGAUGUUCGACGUCGGUGGCCAACGGUCGGAGCGGAAGAAGUGGAUCCACUGCUUUGAAGGCGUGACGGCGAUUAUCUUCUGCGUGGCCCUCAGCGACUACGACCUCGUCUUGGCCGAGGACGAGGAAAUGAACCGGAUGCACGAGAGCAUGAAGCUGUUUGACAGCAUCUGUAACAACAAAUGGUUUACAGACACCUCCAUCAUCCUCUUCCUGAACAAGAAAGACCUGUUUGAGGAAAAGAUUAAGAAGAGCCCGCUAACGAUCUGCUAUCCGGAGUACACGGGCUCCAACACGUACGAGGAAGCCGCUGCCUACAUCCAGUGUCAGUUCGAAGAUCUGAACCGAAGGAAAGACACCAAGGAGAUCUACACCCACUUCACCUGCGCCACCGACACCAAGAACGUGCAGUUUGUCUUCGACGCCGUCACGGAUGUUAUCAUUAAAAACAACCUGAAGGAAUGCGGCCUCUACUGA